AUGGUGCACCGCAGUGAAGGCAAGCAGGACAGAGGCGAAGGGGAGCGGAAGAUAAAGGGUUGUCAGAGGACGACGUCACACACGACGGCCAGCAGCGAGCUUCCACGAUGGUCGGCCUCUGUCACGCGCCGACCAUCGACGCUUUCGAUGGCGAGGCGCCUGCCGCGCGGCCGCAUCAGCAGAGGCGCAGGUGGUAGCGACAGCGCUUCGGCUCUGUCUCUCGGUCUCCUAGAGAGCGCGCUGGCGGGGGAGAUGGGGUCACGUGCUACGGCGCUCAUUGCGCUCACCGCCGCGUUUGCCCGCAUGGCGGCCGAGUCGGCUUUGCCUGCGGCGGACGCAUUUGCAAGCCAUGCUCCUGAGGAGACUACCUGGCAUGCGCAGCCACCAACAUCCGCGAAGCUCCGCGGCGCAGGCGGUUUCUAUGAUGGGGACGACGCUGUCUUGGGCGGCGAGGUACUGCUGGGUCGUGUCGUGAGCGACGUGGUUUUGGCCGUCUGCGACGCGCUGCACGCGGUGCAGGAUUCCGGGCUGCUGGGUGUGUAUGUGGCAAGCCGCCUUGGAAGCUGCAACAACGACCCCGGCCGUCGUACACGUUCAGGCCCCGAGGAACGAACGUCGGCCCAUGCAGCAGCACAGGAUCAGCAGAAGCGGCAGCGCGGUAGCCUCCACCGCCGCCUGUGCUUCUCGCCGCCCGUUCUCCAGUCGGUGCUCUGCUGCGAGCGCGAGUCCUGGUCACAUGCGCUGCGGCUGGCGGAGCGCAUGGCAGCAUGGAACACCGUCUUGGGCGAGUCGCUUGGCGUGAUCCCUCUUGCCGCCACCGCGUCCUCGACACCCGCCCAGCUGGAUGCACUUUCUCCCUCUCCACCGGCGGCAGUAGAUGGCGGCGACACUACUCCAUCGGGUGCGACUUCUCCGGCACACGCGGCGAGCCUGCGAGGCUUGAGCACUGACACGGCCCACAUGCUUUUCUACGUCUUGGCGCAGCACGGGCGCCUCGCUGAGGUGCUGCGGCUGUGCGAGGUUGUUUGCGGCGUAGACACUUCCCACCUCCUCCGCGGCUGCUCGGCUGCCAACGAGCGCAACGCUGAUGCAGACGCCGUUUUUGUGUCGAUGGCGCACCUGGCGGCCGCAAACGCCGACCCGGCCGCUUCUGCGGCGGCUGGGAGUCGUGGCUCGAAGGCGCCACUGAACGUUGUCGUGCCCGAUCGAAUGCGCUGCGUUGAGCGUGUCGUGCGCGCUGGAGUAGUGCCGCAGCGGGUACUGAGCGUAACAGAGUACGCCGUGUUGCUGCGCCGCCUGAUGGGCAACCGCAUCGGCGGUGACGCCGCGCGCCGCGCUGCUGCUGCUACGACACCGCCAAGCGUGAGCCCGAGCAACGGGGUAGGGUGGUCGUUGUCCCCUUCGCAGGUCUGGCGCUUCAGCGCAGGCCCGGCGCACCACAUACGCACUUUGCUGUGCCUGAUAGGCUUUCAGGUAAGCGUGCGCCAUGGGCAGACAGAUAUGCUAAGCUUGGAGGACCUGUACGUGGUGCUUACCAUCUCGCGGCAGCUGGUGUGCCGGCACGAAGCCGAGUUGCGUCAGCUGCGGGACAGGCAGGUGAACCCAAUGGACGACAGCGACGACGGUGGCGGCGAUGCAGGCAGCGACUCGUCGGUGCACCAGCGCAGGCAGUGGGCAAACUGGGGCGCUGUGACUGAGAGCCCUCGAUCGAGUCCGCUCCCCCCAUCCUCGCGCGUAAAACGGUCGCCGUCGCGACCGCCGCUGCAGUGCGCACAGGAGAUGCUCCUGCACCUGCUGCAUGCACGGCGGCACGCAGCGAGUCCUGCUAGCACGCACUACAUUCAACAGCUCUGCGCCACCUCUCACGCUGCUCUUCGCUGUGUGCUGCUGCUAUCUUCCUCAGCGUACACUGCGAGUGGCGCUGCCGCGCAGAAGGCCGCAGCGACGGCACUACUGCUGCCUCGAGUGGCGCCUGUCAACCGCAGCACUACGUCCAGCACGGCUGCCGGCAGUGCGGUGCUCUUGUCCCUUGUGUCGCAGGAGAUGCUCUCCAUGCUUCGGGCUGUUUGCUACACACGCAACAUCGCUCUCUUCUGGGACUCCGCGCUCAGCACGGUGGCUAUUCAGCAGCUAUACGGGCAUGACCUUAGCGCCUAUGCUGCGGGCGCGGUCCGCGGAGGCGGCGGACUCUCCGAACAGAAUGCGUGCGCUUCCUCAGCCACCAGAAAAAUUGGAGACUGGUCGCAACAGGAGGAGGCAGAUCGCGUGCGGGAAGAGGUGGCGUACGCUCUCGCCCUCCAGGCGGAGGCCUCGGUGGGGGAGAGUCUCGUUGCCACCCGCCGUCUCGUCGCACCACUUCCUGUGCUGGCUCCGUAUCUGUCCGCGUACACCGUUGCCGCGCUCGUGCAGCGGCCGUGCCGUCGCGCCUUCACCUCGCAGCAGUGCCUGGCGCUACUGCCAUACACCCCCUUAGGCUCACGAAACCAGCUGUGGCUGGUUCAGCGCAUCGCACAGGAUAGCGAUGGGCGACGUCAUGCCUUUCCAGGCGCCUUCACUGAAGAGGCGGCCGGCCUGUCCCCCGCGCCCGCGCUGCACACGCCCUUGACACUUUCCGCCGUAUCCAUAACAGCACUUCAGACAGCAGUGAGGAUGGUGACCGUCCGGGCUGCACCACGGCGACAUCAGCAUCGCCAGCGCAGCCCAGCAAAGACAAGCCCGAGCACGACACACGAGGAGGCCAAGGCAGUCCUGCUGCGUAGCGUUGCGGCCCCUUCGUGUGAGAAAGAGGCGUCAGCGUCAGUGUUGGCCGACGCCACCGCGCACGCGGAUCGCGUUCUUCUCGCUCUGCCCCUCAAGGGCAACUGGAGCCGGGCCUUGCAGGCGUUUGUGGGGGCACCGUCUCGUGUGCAGGUCGGCGGCGCGCCGCAUGUGGUGCGUCUCUUGGUAGAGGCGGAUGUGUGGCAGCGACUUGGGUGCUGCGCAGCGGCGACCGCUCGUACGCCUGGCCAUGCAGUGCUCCGCGUACUCUCGCGGCGGCGCCGCUCGUCUUGUGGAGGAAAUGCUGCAGACGACGCUGGCGCACGGACUGUGGCACACAGGUCUUUCCUUUCAUCAAAGCGUCGCGGCGGAGCGGCCAGAGUUGGUGUGGCAGUGCCGGCCCACCCAGCGGUACGCUGCCCAGCUGUGCUGUGGCCUGCUGGGGCGGACCUCGAUGGCUAACGGUUGCCCAGCUGACGAUGGCGGCGCGGCGCAGCCAGUGGUCCGAGGCAGCCGCGUGCUUUCUUCGUUACGCGAUACAGCGACGCGACGAAACUGCCGUCGCCAACGUCUCCCCGACUCCAGCGCUAUCCUUGGGUGAAUCACGCUCAGAUGCAGAGUCAGACGAUGCUGCUAUUCUCACCACCGCUCCCGCUCCUGCGGCUGGUGGAGAGGACGGCGUCAUCACGCACCGCCCGCACAACGGCAGUGCCUCCGACUACCACCGAGGAGCUCGAGUCCCUCGCCGCCCUUCUCGAUGCAGCCAAGUCGGGAGACUCACAGCUGUCCACCGCUGUCCGUGCAGUCGCGUCAUCGUCCCCAUUCCACCUGCUCUUCCACGGAGACAGCGCUUCCAUUCUGCCCGAGCUAGCACAGGUGGUGCAGACGGCGCGGUAUGCCAUGCUGCACACGCCGGCAUUGUGGAUGCAGGCGCUUCGAUGGCUUCCCACGACAGCACUGCCACUGCCAUUCAAUCACGAGCAGGCAUGGCGCUCCUUGUGUGCAGACAACACGGCAAAGCUGGAGGCGUUGUUGCCGCCGCCGAGGCAGGCUGUGGCGCGUGUUGAUGCGGGGGACAUAUCAGCACAGCGAGCUGUAGUGACGCAGACCGAAAACGGCACGGGGACGCUGGUAGCCUCCAGGGCGGAGGCAACACCUUCGCUCGUCGAGGCCGCGCGCCGCGUGCACCGCCCGCAGCACGCCAACGAAGUCGCUAAGGGGCAGCAGGUUGCCGUGGCGAAUGCGCUGCGGGUGCUGCACCGCGCCGGCGCCUGGAUGCAGGCCACGCUGCUCUACGACAAGGCAGUGGAGCCGCACUGCAUACCGUACGCCGCCUCGUCGAUGGUCCUCGAGACAGCUCUGAAGGGAGGUGCACCGUGGCAGGUGACGCUCUCAUACUUCUUCCGCAUGUCGCGGCGGCAGCGCCCCGACGUAAACGCGACAGCGGCGGCAUUGCAGGCCUGCGCGGAGGCCGGGCAGUGGGAGACGGUGUUUCGUGUGCUGCGACAGAGCGUGCUGGCGCAGGCGGCCCCGCUUCCUCGAUUGGUGAUGCUGGCCGUGAAGACAGCGCUGCAAUGCGGUGUCUGGAGUCGCGCUUUGGCUGCAGCUCACCAAUACCGGCGCACCAACAAUUCACAGCUUGCGCACACGGUGCUGCUCACGUACGUUUGUACCCAGCACUGGGACGACGCUGUGGAGUACUUCUACGACUGCACUCGCCCUGGACUGCGUCCGCUGGACGCGUCAUCGGAACUGGCCAUCAUCGCGAGCGAGGCUGCCAGCGAUGAGUACCGCAAGACGGCGCUCAUGGUCGGGGCGAUCACGUCCGCGCUGGAGGACCUCUACCGCGUGAGCGGCGUCGUUUUGGAGCACAUCAUCUUCGUGCAGCGGCACGCACAAAGCAGCGCGGCGCAGUGGCAGACAGCGUCGGACUCGUUGUGCUGCGCACUGGAGUCGGCUUUCGAUGGCGCUGCCGACAUUGAUGACAGCGGCGACUUUCUUCUUCCACGGCAACCAUUCGGUUUGCCGAGGGAAGAGGACCAUGACGCCGACAACGGCCACGACGGUGAUAAUGCUUGA